ACAUAAUUAAUGAUUAACUAAUUAAAAUAAUCAAUCUUAUUGUUCACUGAUAUUGAAGACAAAUAAACUCUUUAUAGAUCGAUUCAACACAUAAAUUAUUUAUAACAUCGGAGAUUUAAAGUCAUCACCACCUAACCAACUUGGAAGCAAGGGGUUAAUAGUACCCGAACUAGAUUAGAUGCGUAAGAGAGAAGAAAGGAUUUAGUGAGGAGGGAGAAAAUGGUAAUUUAAGGUGGGUCGAAUUUGCAUUUACUCGACAGCGAGCAACAUUUGUCUGUUAUGGCAGAGGCAUAAACUCAAACACUUUGAUUGCAUUGAUUUCUUCGUUCAAUUUGCAACUACUGCAAUUCCAAAGAUUCCUUUCUUCUGCACAUUGCAUUCAUCACUUCAAUCUUCAUUUCAUUCAAUUUCUUAGCUCAAUGAUUUCAAUUCAAAUUAUUUCAUUUUCAUAAAUUUGACAAAAAUAUUGUGAAAAUUUGAUAAUAAGAGAAUGAAUAAUGAAAAUGAAACUGCAAUAUCAAACAAUGGAAGUAAAAUGGAAGGUUGGUUAUACCUAAUUCGUUGUAACCGUUUUGGACUUCAAUUUUCUAGAAAACGUUACUUUGUUCUUCAUGAUCAUCUUCUUCGUAGUUUCAAAUCCAUUCCCAAUUCUACCGAUCAGGAUCCUGUGAGAAGUGCUAUUGUGGAUUCAUGCAUUCGUGUAAUGGAUAAUGGAAGAGAGAGUAUUAAUAGAAAAGUGUUCUUUAUAUUCACACUCUAUAAUACCUCGGAUCACAAUGAUCAAUUAAAGUUAGGAGCGAGUCGUCCUGAAGAAGCAGCGAGGUGGAUUCAGUCCUUUAAUGAAGCGUCUUUAAAGGGUGCCCCGGAAGCUAUAGGAUGUUCCAAGAGGAGAUGGCAAUCCUUUAGCUUAAGGGGAUCUUCUAGUAGAAGUCAACAAUAUUCUAUAGACUGGACACUUUCUUCUUCUGAUGUUAUUGCCCCGUCAACUUGGACUAUCUUCGGCUGCCAAAAUGGUUUACGAUUAUUCAGGGAAGCAAAAGAUAGGGGUUCUUGUGGGAAGAAAUGGGAUGAUCACCCUGCAAUAAUGGCUGUUGGUGUGGUAGAUGGAACUUCAGAAGCCAUUUUCCAGACUCUUAUGUCACUUGGUCCUUCAAGAUCAGAAUGGGAUUUCUGUUUCUACAAGGGGAAUGUAGUUGAGCACCUGGAUGGUCACACCGACAUUAUUCACAAGCAGCUCUAUAGUGAUUGGUUGCCUUGGGGAAUAAAACGAAGAGACCUUUUGUUGCGGCGCUAUUGGAGGAGAGAAGAUGAUGGAACCUAUGUUAUUCUUUACCAUUCCGUGUUUCACAAGAAGUGUCCUCGCCAGAAAGGCUAUGUUCGUGCCUGCCUUAAAAGUGGAGGUUAUGUUAUAUCACCGGCGAACAUGGGAAAGCAAUCUGUUGUAAAGCAUAUGCUUGCUAUUGAUUGGAAAAGCUGGAGAUCUUAUCUCAAAUCCUCAUCGGCAUACUCCAUGACCAUUCAAAUGCUUGGGAGAGUUGCCGCAUUAAGGGAGUUAUUUAGAACUAGACUAGGGAAUUGCACUUUGUCUGAUUAUUCAUCUGGAGAGUUGACAAGAAACAGAAGGAAUAGUCCGAAGGAAGAAUAUGCCAGCUCUGAUACUCAAAUACAGGCAGAUGAGAACAAUCAUGAUAACUCAAUCGGAGAAGUAGAACCAACACAAUCAGAGCAUGCAAGCCUUGUUAGUUUAAAUGAUGCUGAUGAUGAGUUUUAUGAUGUUAUGGAACCAUCAAACUGUGAUGAGUCAGAAAAGGGAUGGAUGACUGAAUGUAGUCACCAGAAGUCUCAGGACAUCCGCCACCAAAAGUUAUCAACUGCUGCUAAUUUUGUGAGAAAACUGCACGAUCUUGCAGUUCAUAAAAGGGGUUAUAUGGAUUUGCAAGAGAUGGUUAGGGAAGAGAGCAUUUCAUGCCCGUACGGAUCCACUCUUCCAAAAGAUCCUACGUGUACAUUACCUUGCAGUUUGACGGAAGCAGAUCCUUCUACUUUCCUGAUUCGUGGAGAGAAUUAUCUUGAAGACCACCAAAAGGUUAAAGCAAAAGGGACUUUGAUGCAAAUGGUUGCUGCAGAUUGGUUGAGAUCUGACAGAAGGGAAGAUGAUCUUGGUGGCCGUCCUGGGAGCAUUGUGCAGAAAUAUGCAGCACAGGGUGGGCCUGAGUUCUUCUUCAUUGUAAACAUCCAGGUUCCAGGUUCUACAACAUAUAGCUUGGCACUAUACUAUAUGAUGAACACCCCGGUGGAAGAUGCUCCUUUGCUUGAUAGUUUUAUCAAAGGUGACAAUGCCUUCAGAAAUUCAAGAUUUAAACUCAUACCAUACAUAUCUGAGGGUUCAUGGAUAGUAAAACAGAGUGUGGGAAAGAAGGCGUGCUUAGUUGGACAAGCUCUGGAAAUCAACUAUUUCCAGGGAAAGAACUAUUUGGAAAUUGGGGUUGAUGUUGGAUCAUCAACUAUUGCAAGAGGUGUUGUAAAUCUUGUACUUGGGUACCUCAACCAUCUUGUUAUUGAGAUGGCAUUUUUAAUACAGGGAAACACACGUGAAGAGCUUCCUGAGGUUCUUCUUGGAACCUGCCGCCUUAACCAUCUGGAUGCUUCCAAAGCUGUUUGUCUAAAGCCUUGAUUUCCAGUGGGACUUGUGACAGUUACCUUUUGGAAGAGGGAAAUCCAAGUUGCAAAUGUAGAUAAUUGAAAUUGAAAUUCUAGAUUCUUGUCUCCAUAUACCUGCUUUCACAAAUCAUCAUUUGUUCAAUCAUUUUGAAUCACACGGUAGUUUGUGGUGCUGUGAGCAUUGUUAGGAUGAAUGGUAGGAGUAGGACGAAUGUUUUGUAAAAUAAAAAAGUUACAUUUGUUUAUUAAAAUUGAUUUUUUUUGGUCUCCGAUUUAAAUGUGGUAUUCAUUCCUUUCGCAUUUGUAACAAGGAAAUCUUGGCAAUUAUUCAUGGGAGAAGAAAGUUUUUCAAUUUAUUUCA